AUGUUGGGCCCUGCUUUUACGGCUCCCACUCCAUCUUCCAUUGACUCGGUUUUGAAUCCCGACACGCCCACAUUCUCCACCGAACGACCGACCCUCUUUCGCGAACGUCAUGGCUGGUGUCCUUACAGUGAACGAGUCUGGUUGACCAUGGAACUCAUUGGCAUGGACUAUGAUACCGUCCGCAUUGACAAUACAGGAGGACCAAGACCCUCCUAUUAUGGCGGACAAACUCCUCAAAUGAAAUGGCCCGAUGGAAGCAAACAGGGAGAAUCCUACGAUUUGGUCCAAGCAUUGGAUGAACAAUACUACAAUUCCAAACUGCAAAGUAGUGAUAAAGUCCAACACUACGUCGAUUCCUUUCGUUCCAUUUUCCCACGGGCUCGACCGUCGUCUCGAGCCGCCUUUUUAUUCCAGUACAAUGGAGAACCUCUCUCGAAGAGUACCUUUGAAGAAACACUCGAACAAACCAACGACUUGUUGGCUACAACCACUGAUAGUGGCCCCUUUUUCGCCGGCAGCCAGGUCACCGCCGCCGACAUUGCCUGGGCUCCCUUCCUGGAACGAUAUCGGUAUCAGUUGCCCUGUUUGCACCAAGGAUUGGAACCCGAUAAUCCCACCGAAUACCCGCACUUGGCAGCAUGGUUCCACGCCAUGGAACAACACGUCCCAUCCUAUGCCUGUCGCGUCAAGGGGGAUGCCUCGAGUUGGCGCAAAGUAUUGAGCAUGGCGGGAUUUGGAAAUUCCGGAGUACCACCCGCGAUUGGGACCAAUAUGGAUGCCUUGACACAAGCGGAACGAGAAACGGCAUUGAGUUGUGUCAAACAAGACGUGUGGGAUGAAUACGCCGCUACGCGCCCCUACGUGGCAUCCACUCCCAGUGCCGAAGCGGCCAAGAUUAUCACACAGAAUCGACAACGCAUUCUACAAGAUUUACAAAAACAACAAUCCUACAAUCGAGAAGCAGCCGUCCAAUUGCCGGAUGGGUCAAAAGAGUUGGAUGUUGUGCUGCGCAAUUUGGUCCAUGUCUUGAUCCAGAAUGGAGAUACUACUAGCAGUAUGGAGGGCGACCCCGAGAUGGUGGGAUGCCUGGCAGCAUUUUUGGACGAACGCAUGUGUGUGCCCAGGGACAUGGGAGCCAUGAGUGCAGCGUGCAUCAAGGAUUUGGCAUGGAAGUUGUCGUCAGAAAACCCAAAGUAG